GAGAGACAGAGAGAGGGAGAGAAACCGAACUACCACAGGGGCGUGGCUUCAAAUGCCAAUGUCAAUCGCCGUAGUAUUGGCAUUGAAUGCUCACCACCUUCAUUGUCAUGAAACUCUGCAUCUCGGUUUGAGGCAUUCAUUCACAUUCACACCCUCCUCUUCUUCGUCCUCUCUCCUGGUCUUCUUUUUCUGUCUCGAGCAGUGUCUAGUCGCUGCCUGCUCAGCCAGCCAGCCAGGCCCGCUGCCACACCAUUUGCGUCCGCUGCUGCUGCAACAACCAUCGUCGCUAUCACCAACAACCGAGGAUGCCUGCAUUGUUGAGUGUUCGUUUUUGAGGAGAGGGACGAUAUUAUCUACCGUCAGCGAGGCAGUGCCGAAGGCAUAGUUGUUGAAGGCAGCUGGAGGGACUCGGGCGUUUGCUGCAUGUUGAUGUUGCUGGUUGUUAGUGCGGGUGGAGGAAAGGUACGAGCUGAGCAUGUGGAGGUUAAGCUGCCAGCAUCCUCGACUGCUUCCAAGCUUUUGGGCUUCAACGACCGUCGGCAUAGGCACAUAGAAAUAUUCAACUUCUUGAAUCGUUUUUAGACGUGCCAUCUAUCUGCUGUCUUCGUUUCCGUGUUCCCAACCGACUUCUUAAACAUGAAUGUCUGGUCCUUGAGCCUCGCUGGUGUACAGUAAUAGAGGAACUUGGCUACGCAAAGAGAAGCAAUAUUGUUUCGCACUGCUAUGCGGUGCAUGUAUUACCUACUGAUCAGCUAGUUGAUGACAGGUUUAUACAAGAUAGUGCACUCUGAUACUGGUACUUUGGGUUAGAAACUAAGCAGCUUCCUCUGAAAAUAAAGCUUCUAUCUAGUGAAGAAGCGGUUCUUUUCUCUCAAUGGAGGCAGUGUACAAGACUCCUUUGCCGGUUGUGAACUGUAGUUCCGCCGUUUCACGCUACUUGAACUUGCUUCAUAAAACAUCCUUAGAAUGCAGUUUGGGACGCGGAUUUGUUCGUCAACAUCUGGCACACAAACCGAGGACAUUGUUGUCCAAGCGCCUCAACAGAACCAAGCCAGGAGGUCAGAUUUGGGGCCUUGAUUUCCGCAGUGAAGCUACAGCAGGUGUUGAGGAUUCCAUCCCUGAGAAGGGUAAUGCUGACAUAGUGAGAAAUACUGUAGAAGUGGUCGCGAGUGGUGGCCACUGUAGCAAUCUGAAUGGUUAUCCUAUUGUUGGAGAUGCUGCUAAUGGAGAGAUAGCAAACGGGGAUGUGGCAAAUGAGGUUCGUCAUGCGUUAACUGGUGACGCAAGUUGUGCCGUUGUAACUAAUUCUGUCAACGGGGGCUCACAUAACGGAUCCGUGAACGGGAGCACCGUGAAGAGAACCUCACGAAAUGGAUCCGCGAAUGGACAUGCGACCUACUCUGGUAUUCCGCCACUGAAUGGAUCUUCAAACGGUGCUGUUGUGAACGGAGCUUCAAUUUAUGCUGGACAGGGGAACACUGUCAAUAUACAUUCUGUCAACGGAAUCUUAGCAAAUUCCCGGGCUGCCAACGCUAUGUCUAAGAACGGAGCUCUUCAUGAAUAUUCCAAGGCUCCUACUGCAGACGGUUCUGUCACCAUGGUGCCAGAAUUAGAGAGGCUUGUUCAAGCACCUUUGAACGUGCCUUCGAAACAGGCUGAGAAUGACGGUAUGAUGGAGCGGAUGCCCCAUUUCGAAGAUCCUUUGGUAUUUGCUACGGGUUUGGCGCCCCUUCAAACGAAAAGCACAGCUACUGUCGAAGACGAAAUAAGUCUAAUCAUGGGGGAUGCUGCUAGGCAAAAAUCGAGUGACGCUGAUACCAGUGGUGGACUCGGUAUACUGAAAUUUUUGAAGGGGAAGAAUCUUCUUGUCACAGGAGCAACAGGAUUUCUUGCAAAGGUCAUGGUGGAGAAGAUUUUAAGGGUCCAACCUGAUGUUGGACAGCUGUACUUGCUCAUUCAACCACAGAAAAACGUAACAGCCGAGGAGAGGUUGAAAAACAAUGUCAUCAGCUCUCCGCUGUUCAGCGUGCUUAAGGAUUCUUUUGGAGACGCCUACGAGGAGUUUAUGAAUAACAAGCUCACCGCAGUCAGCGGUACCAUUUCCGCUGAUGGUCUUGGGAUCGCGAAUGAUAAGGCAGAGGAAAUUUCAAAAACUGUACAUAUCAUAGUGAAUUCGGCUGCGACAACCACUUUUGAUGAGAGGUAUGAUAUCGCACUAAACGUCAAUACCCAGGGUCCUCGUAGGAUUAUCGAAUUCGCGAGGGGCUGUCCCAACUUGCAACUCUUUCUGCAUGUUUCGACUGCGUUCGUUAACGGCCAAAGACGAGGAGAUACUCCCGAGAAACCUUUCCGAAUGGGCGAUAGCAUCGCAAAAGAGAUGUCCGAAGACUGUAUCCCAGAUCUCCAUGUUGCAUCGGAGCUUGCGCUCUGUGCGAAAACUUUGCAGGAAGUAGUUGCUGAAGUGAGCCGAACUAGCGUAUCAGCUUCUGAGCAGCAGCUAAUUGUGGACAAAAAGAUGAAAGAGUUGGGCAUGACGAGAGCCAAACUUUUUGGGUGGCAAGAUACAUAUGUCUUCUCUAAGGCGAUGGGUGAAAUGUUAGUUGAAUCUUUACGGGGUGAAAUUCCAGUUGUUGUAUUACGCCCUAGUGUGGUGGAGAGUACCCUUGCUCAACCAUUCCCGGGCUGGAUGGAAGGAAUUCGAAUGAUGGACCCUAUUGUACUUGCCUACGCGAAGGGACAGAUGACUGGGUUCCUCGCUGAUCCUCGAGGCGUAUUGGACGUGAUUCCAGCCGACUUGGUUGUAAAUGCACUUUUGGCAGCCAUGACAAAACAUGCACAAAAUCCAGGACUACAAGUGUAUCAAGUAGCUUCAUCCGUGGUGAAUCCCAUGACUUUUGAACUUUUGGCAGAUGUAGCUUUGGAGCUGUUCACCAAGGAUCCUAUGAUUGACAGAGCCGGCCAACCAGUAAAACUUCAGCGAAUGCGUUUUGUGCAAAGCAUGACUGCGUUCAACCUCUACUUGUGGUUUGUGUACCAACUACCUCUAAAGCUUUCAAAGAUUCUCCCAUGGAUGAAGAGGGGGAAGUCAUCUGCAAGACGGGAACUCAUUGUUAAAAAAACACUUGAACAAUUUAAAUACUUAGCAUAUAUCUACAAACCUUACACAUUCUAUGCUGGCAGGUUUGGGAUAGAAAACACUGAAUCUCUAUCGCAGGAGCUAUCAGAGGAAGAACUGAACAUGUUUGCUUUCAACAUUCGACAAAUCGACUGGGCAGAUUACCUCUCCAAUGUUCAUAUUCCCGGAUUACGGAAUUAUGUGCUGAAAGGACGUGGAACAAGGAACUGAAGCUCUAAGGUGCAAGUCGAGCCAGAAUGGUAUGCUAAUUGGUUGAGCGUUGACACAAUAGUCACAAUCAGAUGUAAGGAAUACUAAAAAAUGAUAUUCAUCUCCUUUGGAAGUGUCUCUAUCGCAUGAGGCCAUCCCCUUCCUGAAUAAUUUUAUAAGCUACAGUCACAGGCCAAGAAACUGUGCACAGUAUUUGUAUGAGCUCCUAUGAAAUGGAAGUCCUAGUAGGCUUGCUGCUAUGAAACCAAAGCAAAGUUUUGGAGGUUCCAGCUCGGUGAUCGAUUAUAAACCUCAGUUUGCAGUACAUAUCAACCUGUUCUGUGGGUGUGAGUACCCUACUUGUUCAUCCUUUUCUUAACUGUGGAUGGAAGGAGAUAUCAGACUCUCUGUUUCAGGGUUCAAGUCCUCCAGCAGGAAGAGCACUUGCCCUCUGUAUAUUCGUAGGUAGGGUAAGAGACCUCUUUCAGGCUAGUUUUAUAACCACAUAUUAAAUUGGAAAGCAACCAUUGUACUUUUGAACAUCUAUUUUAUAAGAAUUCGAGGGUGACUUGUAAAACCCAUUCUUGAACGCA